AGAAAAUAACCCCUCUUCAGCCUUUCAUUUUUCUUCUUUUACACACACUCCAAUUUCCAAUUUCCCAAUCUGCAACUUUCUCUUUCCCUUUCAAAAAAAUCUCAGAGAGAAAAAUGGCGGAUCAGCUCACCGACGAUCAGAUCUCUGAGUUCAAAGAAGCCUUUAGUCUCUUUGACAAGGACGGAGAUGGUUGCAUCACAACUAAGGAGCUUGGAACUGUAAUGCGGUCAUUGGGGCAGAACCCAACCGAGGCUGAGCUUCAAGACAUGAUCAAUGAAGUUGAUGCUGAUGGGAAUGGGACCAUUGAUUUCCCAGAGUUCCUUAACCUGAUGGCUCGCAAGAUGAAGGACACUGAUUCCGAGGAGGAGCUAAAGGAAGCUUUCAGAGUGUUCGACAAGGAUCAGAACGGAUUCAUCUCAGCAGCUGAGCUUCGUCAUGUCAUGACAAACCUAGGCGAGAAGCUUACAGAUGAAGAGGUAGAUGAGAUGAUCCGUGAAGCUGAUGUGGACGGCGAUGGGCAGAUCAACUACGAGGAGUUCGUCAAGGUCAUGAUGGCCAAGUGAGAACUGAUGAAUCCAACUUUUAAUCUUUAUUAGAAGUAAAAAUACGAAGAGAAGGAAACAGGGCAGAUAAGUUUGUUGAGAUUCUGUUUCAAAUUAGGACAUAUUUACCUGUCUCAGUGCUUGCCUAUUUUCCUAUUCGUAUGGUUCUGUAGUGUUGUUCUUCAGUAUAUGCCUGUUUGCCCUGUUCCUUGUCUUAGUAGUUUGGGUUGUUAGUAACUCCUGGUAAUUUCUUCCUGAAUCCGGUAUUGUGAACCUAUGACGUGUCAAACUUUUUUGUUUUGUAUUCUAAGUGACUAAUUCCGUUGAUAUUCCAAAUUCUUGCUUAUGCUUUUAUA